GCUACCACCACCAUACGCACGUUUUUUUUUAUCCAUAUCAUCUUCAAGAGAACCUUGAUACGUCUCAUGGGAGUAUCCAUCGAAGUGUGGAAUCGGUGAGGAGAUUUGGGUGCUCGAACUGACAGUGUCGAUUCAGAGUUCCUCAAUUUCAAAAUUCUUUGAUUUGGUCUGUGAUGCUUAUUAACAUUGUGGUACCCACUUCGGCGAUGUGGUUCUGAACAUUAUUUUUCUGGUUUCAUUCGAAGCACUGCAAAGUGUGGACCAGUGUUCUGUGGAGGAAAAAAAACUUUCAUUCCCCUGUUUUGAGCAUUAUUACCGCCUGAGCUGCACGGUGGACGUGUCUGGGCUGAGGUUCAGGCCGUGUGGAAUUUUAAAAUAGCUGCAAACGCUGCUAUUUAACUCCACACGUAAUAACAGAAUGGUCUGCAGCUCUUCUGCAAAUAGCCGGAGGAUAAGUUAGGAACAGGAAGAAUUCAAUAUCGUAUCAAAGUUUGGAUCGACCACAUAAACCUCAGUUCUGUUAUUUUUUCCUCUCAAUUCGAAUCGUUCUGCUCCUAGUUUACGACUGAACGUAAAGACUCGAUUUCAAUCCUCAUGCUGCUGGUAGUUAGCAUCUAGUACAUUCCUGGAUACCACAUAUCGAGGCUCGAAGACUCUCUAUCAUUUGCCUUGGUUUUAAACCGAAAACUUUGUAUGAUAUUGUGCCGGAAUAUCGGAGCAUUCAAAAAUUCAUCAGGAGUUCCUGGAUCCUUUUCAACCAUUGUAAUUACAUUGGUAAUCUGAAGAAGGUCUGCAUGGGGAAAGAACAACCCUCGAGCUCGAGCCUGACGGGUGAUGUGAACGGGAGUCGGGAGAAGAUGGCGACCAGAGUUCUGUCUUCCCAAGAGAACUUCGAGAAACUGAUGGCAGAUCUGGCAAGACCCAACGGCCACGUAUACAGCCAAAGCCAAAGCCAAAGCGGAUCGGGCCAGAACGGUGCGGGGACGAGCAUCGUGGCAAAGAACACUGCGAGCAUUUUGGCCAUCGGGAAAGCCCUGCCACCCAACCGGAUCUGUCAGAGCACUUACACGGACUUUUACUUUCGAGUCACUCACUGCUCCCACAAGACGGAGCUCAAAAACAGGAUGCAAAGAAUCUGCGACAAGUCGGGGAUCAACACCAGGUACCUGCUGCUGGACGAGGAGGCGCUGAAGGAGCACUCGGAGUUUUACACGCCGGGCCAGGCGAGCAUCGAGCAGCGGCACGACCUGCUGGAGGAGGCGGUGCCGAAGCUGGCGGCGCAGGCCGCAGCCAGCGCGCUGGAGGAGUGGGGACGGCCGGCCUGCGACGUCACGCACCUCAUCGUCGUCACGCUGAGCGGCGUCGCGAUCCCCGGCGCCGACGUGCGCCUGGUCAAGCUGCUGGGGCUGCGCGAGGACGUGAGCCGAGUGAUGCUGUACAUGCUCGGCUGCUAUGCCGGGGUCACAGCUCUCCGGCUGGCCAAGGAUCUGGCGGAGAAUAAUCCCGGCAGCCGAGUGCUCAUAGCCUGCAGCGAGAUGACUGCCACGACGUUCCGAGCUCCGAGCGAGAAAUCCAUGUAUGACAUCGUCGGAGCUUCGCUGUUCGGCGAUGGAGCGGUGGGAGUGAUCGUGGGAGCCAAGCCCAGGCCCGGCAUCGAGCGAUCGAUUUUCGAAAUUCACUGGGCCGGCGUCUCGCUGGCUCCUGACACGGAGCAUGUGGUUCAAGGCAAGCUCAAGCCCGACGGAUUGUACUUCUUCUUGGACAAAAGCUUGCCCGGGCUGGUGGGCAAGCACAUCGCGCCCUUCUGCCGGAGCCUGCUGGACCAUGCCCCCGAGAACCUGAACCUCGGAUUCAACGAGGUCUUCUGGGCCGUGCACCCCGGCGGUCCGGCCAUCCUGAACACCGUCGAGGAGCAGCUGCUGCUGAAUUCCGAGAAGCUGAGGGCCAGCAGGGACGUCCUGGCCAACUAUGGCAACGUUUCUGCUUCCUCCGUUCUGUACGUGCUCGAUGAGCUCAGACACCGACCCGGGCAAGAGGAAUGGGGCGCUGCCUUGGCUUUCGGACCGGGAAUUACAUUCGAGGGAGUUUUGCUUCGCAGAAAUGUGAAUCAUCGAUAAAUAGAUUCAGUGUCGAACAAAGAACUGCACGACGAUAAUAACCCAAACCCAUUACCCAUGUACUGCAGCAAAACAUCUCUCCAAAUUUCCCACCAAUCUCUAGCUACACAAUAUGAAAUUUAUCCACGGAGUAUAUAUCAUCAGCCGCUUUGGUCAGCACCCUUUUUUCGUUACGCUUUCGUUUAGCCAUAAUGAUGCAGGCCUCUAGUCACAAGGUUAGCUAGAGGCCAGAGUAAAGAUGAUGUCAUUUAGAUUGGUAACUUACGUUUCUAUCGUGGCUCCUCGAUUUCAGGUCCUGCUUAAUACAUGAGUACUGUGUGGUACCUCAGAGAGUAGUCAGCAGGUACCCGGAAGUCAGGCUUUUGAUAAAUAAGCUCCAGUUUCUUGAGCCUGAGAAAGAUUACUGAGUCCAACUGAGUUAAGUGUUCACGAGACGUUGCAAUCAUUUCUAGAAUAAUUCUGGCUUUA